AUGGUGUCAAUUGAGUCUGCAAUGACAGAACAGACCGCCGCUCCAACUCUUCAAGAAGACGGCUGUCAAUCAAGUAACGACCAAACCAUGGCUCUUCAACCUCAGACAUUCCACACUGCUGACAAGGGUCUCCAGUCCGCUGCAUCUAUGCCUACAUCAUCUGAAUCAGAGGUGAAAGACACCCAACUCACCAUGGAUACCAACGGAUCUGGGCCUGCCACCUCGAUCUCGUCUCCACCAUCCAACCUGCCUGCCCAGCUUGCCGAACUGGUCAUGGAGGCUCGGCGUGAUUUCGAUGUCAAGCUCAAGGCUCUCCUCAUGACCUCGGGUGGGUUGACCUCACAAGAUCGGAAUGACUUCUACGCAAAGGUCAACGAGUUACAUGCAAAGGACACCGAAACCAUUUCGGAAUGGGAGAAGGCCAUGCUCCAUGUCAACAUCGCUCUGGGACAGCUGCAUGGACGUUUCGCCUGGACUGAGGUGCAUGAAAACUACAGCAAUCUUCUUGUAAUUUCCAGUAAACAGAGAGAAGAAUCCCUGAAAGCUCGCCCAGAGUACAACGAAAUCCUCAAAAUGAAACCCGAAAUCUGCGCCAAACAGACCCAAAUUGAGGUUGAACAUGAGAAACCCAUCAAAAGAAAUCUCGAGCUGAUGCAAAACCUGGCGGCGAUUCAAAACACAUGCGAAAAGCUCUGGGAGACCCACGAUCUCCUCAUGCUCUGGGUAAAGGAUAAACCCGAGAUUUUGAGAGAGAUGAUAGCCGCAGUUCCGGGUCUUGCAGCUUUCGUCGAUCCAGAGCAGGUCAAUUUCAACGAAGUAAAUGAUGUAGAGGGGCAAUAA